GUUGUUGCCGCUGGAGGCUGCUCCGAGGCAGCGGGAUCGCGGCGCCGAGAAGCUCCCGGCUGCGGCCACAGCGUGUGCGGAGGUGCCUCCUGGCCUCGGCCCCCGGUCUCCGGCCCCAUGCACUAGUCCCGCGCCGCUCGCUCUGUAGUCCCGGCCUGGCCAGCCCCGCGCGCCCGCUAGCCGCCGCCGCCGCGCCGCCCCGGGCCCCGGUCGGGCCCGCCUCGGGCCCCGCGGCUCCGGUGCCAUGAACUUCCAGGCGGGCGGGGGGCAGAGCCCUCAGCAGCAGCAGAGCUUGGCGGCUCCGGGGGCCGGCGGCGGCGGCGGCGGCGCGGGGGGCGGCGGGCAGUUCGGCGGCGCGGGGCCCGGGGCCGGGGGCGGCGGCCCCUCGCAGCAGCUGGCCGGUGGGCCCCCCCAGCAGUUCGCGCUCUCCAACUCGGCGGCCAUCCGGGCCGAGAUCCAGCGCUUCGAGUCCGUCCAUCCUAACAUCUACGCCAUCUAUGAUCUGAUCGAGCGCAUCGAGGAUUUGGCGCUGCAGAACCAGAUCCGGGAGCACGUCAUCUCCAUCGAGGAUUCAUUUGUGAACAGUCAGGAGUGGACCCUGAGCCGCUCUGUGCCGGAGCUUAAAGUGGGCAUAGUGGGGAACCUGUCUAGUGGGAAGUCAGCCCUGGUGCACCGCUAUCUGACAGGGACCUAUGUCCAGGAGGAGUCCCCUGAAGGGGGUCGGUUUAAGAAGGAGAUUGUGGUGGACGGCCAAAGUUACCUGUUGCUGAUCCGAGAUGAAGGAGGCCCCCCUGAGCUCCAGUUCGCUGCCUGGGUGGAUGCGGUGGUGUUUGUGUUCAGCCUGGAGGAUGAAAUCAGCUUCCAGACAGUGUACAACUACUUCCUGCGGCUCUGCAGCUUCCGCAAUGCCAGCGAGGUGCCCAUGGUGCUAGUGGGCACACAGGACGCCAUCAGUGCCGCCAAUCCCCGCGUCAUCGAUGACAGCAGGGCCCGCAAGCUCUCCACAGACCUGAAGCGCUGCACUUACUACGAGACGUGCGCUACCUACGGGCUCAACGUGGAGCGCGUCUUCCAGGACGUGGCCCAGAAAGUGGUGGCCUUGCGGAAGAAGCAGCAGCUGGCGAUCGGGCCCUGCAAGUCCCUGCCCAACUCGCCCAGCCACUCGGCCGUGUCCGCUGCCUCCAUCCCAGCCGUGCACAUCAACCAGGCCACGAAUGGCGGCAGCAGCGCCUUCAGCGACUACUCGUCCUCCGUCCCCUCAACCCCCAGCAUCAGCCAGCGGGAGCUGCGCAUCGAGACCAUCGCUGCCUCCUCCACUCCCACGCCCAUCCGCAAGCAGUCCAAGCGGCGCUCCAACAUCUUCACGUCUCGAAAAGGUGCUGACCUGGACCGGGAGAAGAAGGCUGCAGAGUGCAAGGUGGACAAUAUCGGGAGCGGCAGGGCCAUCCCCAUCAAGCAGGGGAUACUGCUGAAGCGGAGUGGCAAAUCCCUGAACAAGGAGUGGAAGAAGAAGUAUGUGACGCUUUGUGACAAUGGGCUGCUCACCUACCAUCCCAGCCUGCACGAUUACAUGCAGAACAUCCAUGGCAAGGAGAUCGACCUGCUGCGGACGACGGUGAAAGUGCCAGGGAAGCGCCUGCCCAGAGCCACACCUGCCACAGCCCCGGGUACCAGCCCGCGAGCCAAUGGGCUGGCCAUGGAGCGAAGCAGUACACAGCUGGGUGGGGGCACAGAGGCAGAGGAGUCCUUUGAGUUUGUGGUGGUGUCCCUCACCGGGCAGACGUGGCACUUCGAGGCCUCAACGGCGGAGGAGAGGGAGCUGUGGGUGCAGAGUGUACAGGCCCAGAUCCUGGCCAGCCUGCAGGGCUGCCGCAGCGCCAAGGACAAGACCCGCCUGGGGAACCAGAAUGCAGCCCUCGCGGUGCAGGCCGUGCGCACGGUGCGAGGCAACGGCUUCUGCAUCGACUGCGACGCCCCCAACCCCGACUGGGCCAGCCUGAACCUGGGCGCCCUGAUGUGCAUCGAGUGCUCAGGAAUCCACCGGCACCUGGGGGCUCACCUGUCCCGGGUCCGCUCCCUGGACCUCGACGACUGGCCACCUGAGCUGCUGGCUGUCAUGACUGCGAUGGGCAAUGCACUGGCCAACAGCGUCUGGGAGGGGGCCCUGGAUGGCUACGCAAAGCCCGGGCCUGAAGCCUGCAGAGAGGAGAAGGAGCGCUGGAUCCGGGCCAAGUAUGAGCAGAGGCUCUUCCUGGCCCCGCUGCCGAGCUCGGACGUGCCACUGGGGCAGCAGCUGCUCCGGGCCGUGGUGGAGGAUGACCUGAGGCUGCUGGUGAUGCUGCUGGCCCACGGGUCCAAGGAGGAGGUGAACGAGACGUACGGGGACGGGGACGGGAGGACGGCUCUGCACCUGUCCAGUGCCAUGGCCAACGUAGUCUUCACACAACUGCUUAUCUGGUACGGGGUGGACGUGAGGAGCCGGGACGCGCGGGGCCUGACCCCACUGGCCUAUGCCCGCCGGGCCGGCAGCCAGGAGUGUGCAGACAUCUUGAUCCAGCACGGCUGCCCUGGGGAGGGCUGUGGCUUAGCACCCACCCCCAACAGAGAGCCGGCCAACAGUACCAACGCCUCUGCUGAGCUGCACCGCAGCCCCAGCCUCCUGUGAGGCCCAGGAAGAAGGCAGAGAGGCCAGAAGGACUUCGUGGCUUGGGACCCUGCUCCCUGCAGGCACUGGGGGAAGCGGGCACAGAGCCAGAGAAGCAGGGACACGCAGCCAGGAUGAGAGGAGGGAGAAGUCAAAGGGAUCCGAGGAGAGGUCUGGGGUUCGAGCUGCAGCAGAGGGAGGGAGCACGGUGCUCAGCCCUCUGCCCUGCAGGGCCACUGAGAAGGGACGGACCCUUUGGAGGUGCCUGUGAGGAGAGGGGGGCGGGACCUCUCCCUCCUCCAGACCCCUGCCUCCUAGUGCCAGCCCCCACAAGCACAGGGCACAGGAUGGGGGUGCUGGAUGAAAGAGACAAGAGGGUGAUCUGUGAGUCCCAUGUAAAAUUUGUACAUUGGAAUAUUUAUGUUUGUGUACAUACUUGGUGAGCGUGUAUGAAGAGCCAAUAAACCAGACGUGUGUGGCC